AUGUACGGGGGAGGCGAUGAGGAGGAGUACGAGCGGGAGCGGGAGGAGGAGGAGAUUACGCAGGAGGACGCGUGGGCGGUGAUCAGCGCGUACUUCGAGGAGAAGGGGCUGGUGCGGCAGCAGCUGGACUCGUUCAACGAGUUCAUUCAGGACACGAUGCAGAGCAUUGUGGACGAGUCCGCGGAGAUCGAGGUCCGCCCGCAAGCGCAGCAUCUGCCUGGCCGACCCAUGGACAACACGGAUAUGACGUGCAAGGUGACGUUUGGGCAGAUCUACCUCUCCAAGCCAACAAUGACGGAGCCGGACGGCGAGACCAACACGCUGUUCCCCAAGGCGGCGCGCCUGCGCAACCUCACGUACGCCGCGCCUCUCUACGUGGACAUUACCAAGACCAUCACCACGCGCGGGGAGGACGGCGAGGAGGAGGUCAGCACGGAGCAAGCCGACAAAGUCUUCAUCGGAAAAAUCCCGAUCAUGCUGAGAUCGAAUUACUGCACGUUACAUAAUGCCACGGAUAAGGAGCUGACGGAGCUGGGGGAGUGCCCGUACGACCAGGGCGGGUAUUUUGUGAUUAACGGGAGCGAGAAGGUGCUGAUCGCGCAGGAGAAGAUGGCGAGCAACCACGUGUAUGUGUUUCAGAAGCGGCAGCCGAACAAGUACGCGUACGUGGCGGAGGUGAGGAGCAUGGCGGAGAGGCAGAACCGCCCGCCCAGCUCCUGCUUCAUCCGCAUGCUCUCCCGUUCUUCUACCAAAUCGGGAUCGUCAGGGCAGGUGAUUCGAGCGACCCUCCCGUACAUCAAGGCGGAGAUCCCGAUCAUCGUGGUGUUCCGCGCGCUGGGGUUCGUGGCGGAUAAAGACAUCAUGGAGCAUGUGUGCUACGACUUCACUGACACUGCCAUGAUGGAGCUGCUCAGGCCAUCGCUAGAAGAGGCCUUCGUGAUUCAAAACCAGCAGGUGGCUCUGGAUUACAUUGGCAAGCGAGGCGUGCCAGUGGGUGCGCCACGCGAGCGAAGAAUAAAGUACGCCAAGGAUAUUCUCCAGAGGGAGUUCUUGCCCCACGUGGGUGUGGGCGAGUUUUGUGAAACCAAAAAGGCCUAUUUCUUUGGGUACAUGAUUCACCGGCUGCUGCUGUGUGCGCUGGGGCGGCGCAACGAGGACGACAGGGAUCACUACGGCAACAAGCGCCUCGACCUUGCCGGGCCGCUGCUCGCAGGGCUCUUCCGCCAGCUGUUCCGCAAGCUCACCAAGGAUGUGCAAGGGUACCUGCAGCGGUGCAUGGAUCACGGCAAGGAGAUCAACCUGUCGUAUGCAGUGAAGGCGAAGAUCAUUACAGGCGGGCUUAAGUACUCGGUGGCCACGGGUAACUGGGGGCAGGCCAACCAGGCCGGCACCAAGGCGGGGGUGUCACAGGUGCUGAAUCGUCUGGCCUACGCGUCCUCCCUGUCCCAUCUGCGCCGCCUCAACUCGCCCAUCGGUCGCGACGGCAAGCUGGCGAAGCCGAGGCAGCUGCACAACUCGCUGUGGGGCAUGAUGUGCCCCGCUGAGACCCCCGAGGGGCAGGCCGUGGGGCUGGUGAAGAACCUGGCGCUCAUGACGUACAUCACUGUAGGCAGCAACGCCGCUCCCAUCCUGGAGUUUCUGGAAGAGUGGCUCACUGAGAAUCUCGAGGAGAUCUCCCCAGCGCUCAUCCCGCAGGCCACCAAGGUGUUUGUCAACGGCUGCUGGGUGGGCGUCCAUCGCGACCCGGAUGAGCUCGUGCGCACGCUGAGACAGCUCCGGAGACAGCUGGAUGUGAACUCGGAAGUGAGUGUGGUGCGUGACAUCCGUCUCAGAGAGUUACGGCUCUACACGGAUUACGGGCGGUGCUCCCGCCCGCUUUUUAUCGUGGAGAAGCAGCGGCUGCUGAUCAAGAAGCGUGAUGUGCUGGCGCUGCAGCAGGAGGGGUCAGGCAUCGGGUGGAACGAGCUGGUGGAGAAGGGGUUUAUCGAAUACGUGGAUACCAUGGAGGAGGAGACUACCAUGAUCUCCAUGACCAUCCAUGACGUGACAGCGGCACGGCUGAACCCCACGGAGGCCUACAGCGACACAUACACACACUGCGAGAUCCACCCCUCGCUCAUCCUCGGCGUCUGCGCCUCCAUCAUCCCCUUCCCCGACCACAACCAGUCCCCCAGGAACACGUAUCAGUCGGCGAUGGGGAAGCAGGCGAUGGGCAUGUAUGUGACCAACUACCAGUCGCGCAUGGACACCGUUGCCUACGUCCUCUACUACCCCCAGAAGCCCCUCGCCACCACGCGCGCCAUGGAACACCUCCACUUCCGCGAGCUGCCUGCUGGGAUUAACGCCAUAGUGUCGAUCCUGUCGUACUCGGGCUACAACCAGGAGGACUCGGUCAUCAUGAACCAGUCGUCCAUCGACCGCGGCUUCCACCGCUCCAUCGUCUUCAAGUCCUACAGGGACGAGGAGAAGAAGAGUGGAAGCAUGGUGAACGAGGAGUUUGAGCGUCCCAACCGAGAAAUCACCAUGGGCAUGCGGCACGGGUCAUAUGACAAGCUGGACGAUGAUGGCAUCAUCCCUCCGGGCUCGCGAGUGGCAGCAGAGGAUGUGAUCAUCGGCAAGACAAUGCCCAUUCCUCCGGAUGAGACGGGCGGUGUGGCUCAGCGGUUCAGCAAGCGCGACAUGAGCACUUGCCUCAAGCACAGCGAGACAGGCGUGAUCGACCAGGUGGUUCUCACAACCAACAACGAUGGGCUCCGCUUUGUCAAGAUUCGCGUGCGCUCGAUCCGAGUCCCCCAGAUCGGCGACAAGUUUGCGUCGCGGCACGGGCAGAAGGGCACGAUCGGCAUGACGUACACGCAGGAGGACAUGCCGUUCAGCUGUGAGGGCAUCUCGCCGGAUAUCAUCGUCAACCCGCACGCCAUCCCGUCCCGCAUGACCAUCGGGCAUCUCAUUGAAUGUUUGAUGAGCAAAGUCGCUGCUCACAUGGGCAAGGAGGGGGAUGCCACACCCUUCACUGACGUCACGGUGGACAAUCUGAGCCGCACGUUGCACAAGUGUGGGUACCAGAUGCGGGGAUUCGAGCGCAUGUACAACGGCCACACGGGGCGGCCGCUGCAGGCCAUGAUCUUCCUGGGCCCCACCUACUACCAGCGCCUCAAGCAUAUGGUGGACGAUAAGAUCCAUUCCCGAGGGAGAGGGCCCGUGCAGAUUCUGACUCGGCAGCCAGCAGAGGGUCGGUCGAGAGACGGUGGGCUGCGGUUCGGAGAGAUGGAGCGGGAUUGCAUGAUUGCGCACGGCGCUGCGGCGUUCCUCAAGGAGAGGCUGUUUGACCACAGCGAUGCGUACCGCGUGCACGUGUGCGAGUUCUGCGGUCUCAUUGCGAUCGCGAACCUCAAGAAGGGGCUGCUGGAGUGCCGCGGAUGCAAGAACAAGACGGACAUUGUCCAGGUCCACAUGCCAUAUGCAUGCAAGCUGUUCCAUGGCGGCUGCGCGGCUAUCAAUGGCGCCUCGUACCUUUCCCGUCUAUACACGGGCGCUUAUGAGCUGGAGCUGGCGCCCUCCUGUGCGAAGGACAGCUCCGAUGACAACGCCACUGUCGCGUCUGACAGUAACGAGCAUGACAGCACGAAGAACAACCCCUCUACUAACGCGUCAGAGUCCGAUGGCGGCUCAAAUCAUACAUCAACGUCCACCGGCAGUGAUGCGGUUCGAAACCACAGGGACCAGGGGCAUACGUCGAAUGCGGCCGGAUCGGGAAAAGGCACAAGCGAACGAGUUGACGGCGAGGGAAAGGGGGAGCUGGUGGGGAACGACGCUAAUGCUGAGAAGAAUAAGGACACGUGUCAUGAGAGCAGUCGGCGUGACGGGCGCGAGGAGCGAAACGAGAAGGACAAAAGGAAGGAGAAUAACGAGAAGAGUGAUGGAGACGAGAGUGAAAAGAAGGAGACGAGAGGAAAGAGCGACAACGGGAACACACAUGAGCAGAGUCACCGUGAACGCGAGGAGGCCGGCAAUGUCGGAACGGCAGAAAAGGGAGGGAAUGGGGACGAGAUUAAAACCGCGGAACGUUCUCACGGCGGCGAUUCGUCGAGGGCGGGAGAAGAUCACACGAAGUGUAACGACUCUACCGAGGGGGAGUCGUCAACCAGCGGCAGCAGCGGAAGCGGGACUGAUGUUUCGCUUGCGGAUCGGCUGGGCGGCAGUGAGAAACUUCCGUCGUCGCUCGCUGCGUUACUAGCUGACGCGCUUAUACGACUGACUGCGACUGCUCAAAUCCAAAUCAACGGCCAAGGGCUGGACCUCGGACGCCGGGCCGGACGGCAAGGCUCGUCAUCAAACCCCAUUUCCAGGUCUGGGCAUCCGGCUCGGAGAAGCGACCAAGUCCUCGCGAAUCCGCUAAUGGCGGUGAAUCUGUACGUGUUCAACAAGCCGAUUGAAAUCUCGGCCGUCCAUUCGUUCGAGAACAAGGGCAGCGUAUCGCUGCAGACGCAGCUCGCUCUUACGACGGCGCUGGCGCGAGACAACGCCACGGUGACGCAAGACCACCCGCAAUUUCAGGAGAGCGGGUUGGGGAACGCCCAGACUCAACAUGGCCGACCUCCGACCUUCCAACAAAUGACUUCUCGCGUGAAGCACGCUCAAACAACACGACGAAUUCCUAACGCUGCUGCCGGAGUCGUUCCGCUGCUGUUAGUGCUCGUCGCCACUGUUCCAGCGGGAUCCGCGGGAGCUCGUUCGGAACCUUCUAAUGGCCUCCCGUCGACCGCGCUGGGUGGACUGCGAGGCGACGUCGACAACUUGCAAGGACCUCUUAAGGACGUCGGACACGAACUGUUUGGCACGAGUGGUCUGAUUGGCCAAGAAGUACUCAUUAAAGCAGUCGAUCAAGACGAAAUCCUUCACGCUGCGAGCAGCGCAGCACAGGGUGGUCUAACUGGUGAUGCUCGCGGCGCUGCAGUUAGGGAUGCGCAGGGUGCUGCAAUUACUGGGGAUGCUCAGGGUUUUGCAACAGACGCAGCGCCUCUUGAUGCUGAACAGCAUCGUGUCGCAAGCAGCGCAGCACUGGGUGCUGCAAGUGAUCACCGAGAGCUUGCUGAGGCCCACGAGCUCUUGGGUGACCCGCCUAAGGUCCACGCUGGCAGCAGCCCAGUCAACGUCAGCAGGAGCAACCGGAGGAAGCUAGCGGUGGUGGCAGCGGUGGAUGAGGAGACGCGGAAGGGCAUGGAGGCAUGGAUGCAGGACGAGGUGAAACGCGCUGUGAGCCGUGGCUUGAAGCAGCUCCGGCAGAAGCUUCUGGAAGAUGUGGACAAGCGAGUGCGCAAGCUGCAGCAAGGGAGCCAUUGUGGAGGGAAGAAGAGAAGCGGCUUAAGAGGGAAAGGGGGCAGCAACUGCAAAAAAAGUUCCAAGUGUGGGAAAUCCCACAAGAGCAAGAAAUCGAAGGAGCACUACAGUGAUUCUUGGCUAUGGAACCCUUCGUUACUGUCACACAAGCCGUUCCCAAGCAGCAUUAACAUACGGUCAUACGUGUUUCAAGGCCCGGUGGAAAUCUCAGGAAUUCACGAGCUAAACAACAGUGGGACAAUCACCAGGCAGACCCAGAUUGCAAUCACCAAAGCAACGGCUAAGGACAAUGGUACAGUGAGUCAGAACGAGCCACAGUCACAGCGGAGCACACAUGGUGGUGGUGGUAUGGAGGGUCACAGUAUGGGGAGUGGUGGCAGCAGCAGUAGCCAAUCAAAGGAGAGGAUGACUGGUGGGAAGCAUGGUGAUGAGAAGAGUCAUUACCAGGGUGAGCAUGGCGAGGGGGGUGGUGGAGGGGAGAAGCAUGGGAAAGUUGGGGAGGUGAAGGAGAUUGUGGGAGAGGUGAAGAAUCAUGGGCUUGUUGGUGGUGUGGGAGCUAUUGCUGAUGAUGAUGUGAGUGGCUGUGAGAGCGGGAGCUGUACAGUGUCGUGUGGUGGUGACUGUGGUGGUGAUGGGGGAGGUGGUAACCGUUACAAUAAUGUCAGCAUCGAUAAUAACGGCAGUGGGUAUAUCAAUGAGAGCACCUACAAUAAUGGUAACAGGUACAGUAAUGUCAGCAUAGAUAACAGCCGCAACGGGUAUGUUAAUGGCAGCAUCGACAAUAGUGGCAACAGGUACAAUAAUGUUAGCGUUUCUGGUGACGACAUCUACAGUAAUGUUACCAUUUCUGGUAACAAUAGCUACAGAAAUGCCAGCAUAUACAGUGGCAACAACAGCAGUGGUUACAACAACACCAGUGGUAGCUACUAUGGGGACAAUGCAGGGGCAACUGUUGCACUAGAGGCUGGAAUGGGGGGGUGA